ACCCCCUAAUACACCACCGCCUCCUUCUUCCUCCUCCUCGUCCUUCUUCUCAAUUAUUUUGAAGUUCUUAUCGCAAAUAUGGGGGAUUUAAGAGCAGGAGAAACUCGGACGAGCCAACCCACUUCUUCUACAAUAUCUAACGACGGGUCGUGCGAGACCAAGGAGCCUUCCAGCUUGGGCAAUCUGGUGACGGAAUCUAUGUCUACAGAAUGGACAGAUGAGAAACACAGCUUGUACCUCAAGUCCAUGGAAGCAUCAUUUGUAAACCAGUUAUAUGAUUCCACGGAUUCUCUUGGUUUUUGCCGCUUGUCAGAUUCAACAUACUCCAGGAAAAAGUAUCUUAACACUCGCACCUCUUCUGGCCAGUUUAAGGUUCUUCUAGGUGGCCGCUGGAAGGGGAUUAAUUUUGACAGAGCUGUUGAGCUUCAGCUCAAGAAAGCAGACGGGUCUAAAGGUUUUCUGGCAAGUCCUUGGAUACGGCACUUUAGAUCUGGAUGCACACCACGUGUUGUAGCAUCUGCAGAUCUCCAGAACAAUGUUGCAUCCACAAGUGAAGCUUUGGAUUUAGUUGGGAACCACACACUGUUCUGCGGAUCAGAUACUUGUAAUUUGAAGCACAAUCGUGCGUGUCACUUUCAUCUAGACCAUCAUGAUUUGGUUAGCAGCGACACAGAGGUGUCUGAUCAGAACUUUGCUAAUGAAGAAGCUGAAGGAGAAAAGGAAAGCCUUAUGUGCAAUGCAAAAAGGAUGAAAUCUUGUUCAAGUAAUGCUUCUAUCAAUGAUCAGGUUGUUCCACAUAAUAACUCUCCCACAACAGAAGAUGUUACCAAGAAUUGUGUCUCUUCGGCUAGGUGAAAUCCGUGACUAGCCGACAUGGAAACGACCGACUUCUAAGAAGGAGGUUACUGAUCGAACCGUGCAUAUCAAUAACAAGGAGAUCUAACAGAAGUAUUAAAUGCUGUGCGAGAUGAAGGGGAAAAGUGGCUUUGCGGUUCUUAAGCUGUUCUGGUGGUUCUUGCCUAGCAUCAGUGCUACCACAUAGGAAGUAUAAAGAUUGUGGGAGCAUGUGCUGUCCUGGCCAUCGAUCUAUGUGUGUACAUACAUACAUUGAUAUAUAUCACUGCCACUAUUCUGGUAGUAUACUAGGACUUUUGGCUGUGUUGGAAAUUGGAGUCGUGUUGAAUGACAUCUAGGCGUUACUGAUUGAUUAUCUGCAAGAAUUUCUUCCGGAUGUACUGAAUAUUGAAUAGAUUAUCUGAUCUAUUUCUGGAUGA